UGUGUGUGAUUUCGGCAUAUUGGUUUUGGAUUACUUCCAUCUUUAUCAACAUCAAGAAUGAGCAAAGCUGUACGAUGUCAGCAAACAGCGAACUCUGUGGACGAGUUUGUUGUCCUGGAGGAGGCAUUCAAAUCCCGACUCACGACUCUAUACUACAAUAAUGCAUACAAGGAUGAGCCUGCCAAAGAUUUCCACACCUUUCUGAGCAGUCUGAAGGAUAAAAUUGUUCACAUCAUCAUUCAGCAACUGCAGACACAUGGAGCAAUGAAGUUCAAUCUAGUAUUGGAGGCAACAUAUUUCCGCAGCACCCUUGAUAAGACCUUCUUCGAACAAGAAGAGUUUCAGAAUGUCGCCUUCAAAACUCCAAACUACACCAUCUUCAGUAUCAUCAAUCUUCCAGACAUCAUCAACCAAGCGUGCAUGACCCUACUGGAUGAGGAGUCGAAAUUCGAAGGAAAUUCCAGUGGAAGGAGUCUGCUUAUCAUCGAUGGAUUGCUCAUCAGAAGUAGACCUCAAUCCAUAACACCAGUCAUCCAACCACAACCAGUCAUCCAACCGCCACCAGUCGCCCCACCAUCGCCACCGGUCGUCCCACUAUCGCCACCAGUCGCCCCACUAUCGCCACCAGUCGUCUCACUAUCACCACCAGUCACCCCACUAUAG